AUGGCAGUAUCGGGAAGAAAGAUUGCUGAUUUUCAAGGUUCCAUAUACAAACAUUCAGCAGAGGACUUUGAUCAUAGACGUGAACCAUGUUUGGCGUUCGGUCAGCAAAUAGAAGCUUAUGGAUUUUGUGUGGACUGUCAAGAAUACCUGUGUAAGAACUGCUUUGCUUACCAUCAACGAACGAAGGCAUCAAAACAUCAUCAGCUGGUAAACAAAGAUUAUAUGGAUAAACAUGUUGUCGUCAAGGAGUCAGACGAAUGCACUGAAAAGUGUCAAGUGCACAAAAAGGAAGUGAUUAAAUUUUUCUGCCCUAAACAUGAAGCUCUCGGCUGCAACGAUUGUAUCGUCCUGAAUCACAGAGCGUGUGACAUUGACUAUAUACCUGAUAAAUGUGCAGGUAUUGGGGACAGUGCAGAGUUCAGUGAGUUACUUAGGCAACUUGAUCAAAAAGUAAAUGAGGCUGAUGAUAUUAUAAAACAGGCUUUACUUAGAGAAAAAGAAUUAGAUUCCUGCUAUGAUAAGCUGCUCAAAGAAAUUACAAUGUUUCGCAAAGACAUAAAUGAUCGCUUAGAUCAACUACAAAAGCAAAUUCUGACAUAUGCUGACAAAAAGAAGUCCACAGAUAAACAAACUGUAAACAAGGUGCUUGAAACAUGUACAAACAUUUCUUCAGAUACCAAACAACAACAGUCAAGAAUACAAGAUUACAAAGCCUCACAGCAAAAUGGACAACUUUACAUUACAAUGAAACAAGCUAGAUCCAAACUAAAGUCAGACGAAAUAAAGGAGGCAGACAGAUGUUUAGAAAAGACAAACAUGCAAUACACAUUUGAUCAAAACCACGACCUGACAAACAUGCUUUCAAGACAAGAUGCAUUUGGAAAGCUCAGUCUUUCGUCUUCUCUUGUAACUUCAAAGGUCAGGAAACCUCUCAACAAAUUAACCCGCAAAGAAAACAUAAAUAUAAAGACGAAAUCAGAUCGGAAGGAAUGCUUGAUAACAGGAGGUGUUGUCCUGUCCUCUGACAAACUUGUGGCAGCUGACUAUAGCAAUGAGAAACUGAAAGUUGUUGACAUAAAAAAUAAAGAUGUCAUAGAAGAGACAACACUAUCUUCAGGACCACGUGACAUUGCAGUAGUGCCUCAGGACCAUAUUGCUGUGACAAUACCAGAGAAGAAAGAGAUCCUUAUAAUGACAACAGCUGGUAAACUGUCAACUAUUCGCAAGUUUCCAGUGAAAGGAGAAUGUUGUGGUAUAGCUUAUCAUCAAGGUCAUCUCUUUAUAGUUUGCAGUGACCCGAAGUGUGUAUUUAUUACAGAUACACAAGGUAACGUCCAGAACACAAUUAAACUGGAUGAUGACAGAUUUGUCCGCCCACAGUACUUACUGCUGAAUAAGGAUCAGAAACAUAUCUUCAUCAGUGACUUUAGUAGGGACAGUGUCGUCAGUAUAACAUUACAAGGUGAUAUAUCUGCUGAAUACAAAAACAAACACUUUAAAAACCCACUGGGAAUGAUGAUGCUUGGCGAUGGAUCCUUGCUGAUGUGUUGCUGUGGGUUAAAUGGCAGCAUAUAUCGUUUCUCGGGUGAUAUGAAGCAAUUUCAUAAAAUGAUAGAUCUGUCGUUCCCAUACACUAUUUGCUGUAAUCAUGAUCAACAUGAGGUCUAUAUCGGAUGUUAUAGCAAUCAGAUAAAAGUGUUGAGUGCAAAAUAG